AUGCACUCCAGCACCCCUAUCAGUUCCUUGUUCUCCUUCACCAGCCCUGCAGUAAAAAGGCUGCUGGGCUGGAAACAAGGAGAUGAAGAGGAAAAGUGGGCAGAAAAAGCUGUUGAUUCCUUGGUGAAGAAGUUAAAGAAGAAAAAAGGUGCCAUGGAAGAACUGGAAAGGGCUCUGAGCUGCCCAGGUCAGCCCAGUAAAUGUGUCACAAUCCCACGUUCCUUGGAUGGGCGACUGCAGGUGUCUCACCGCAAGGGGCUUCCCCACGUCAUAUACUGCAGAGUGUGGCGCUGGCCUGAUUUACAGUCUCACCAUGAGUUGAAACCACUGGAAUGCUGUGAGUUCCCGUUUGGCUCAAAACAGAAAGAAGUGUGCAUUAACCCCUACCAUUACCGGCGGGUGGAAACCCCAGUCCUACCUCCUGUACUCGUUCCAAGACACAGCGAGUUUAACCCUCACCUCAGCCUCCUCGCCAAGUUUCGAAACACUUCUCUGCACAGUGAGCCGUUGAUGCCGCACAAUGCCACCUAUCCUGAUUCUUUCCAGCAUCCUCCAUGCACCCCUUUUCCACCAUCACCCAGCCACAUGUUCUCCCAGUCGCCUAACAGUAUCAGCUACCCCAACUCACCAGGAAGCUCUUCUGGACCAGGAAGUCCCUAUCAGCUCACGGUGGAAACUCCACCUCCGCCUUACCAUGCAAGAGAACCUCCAGGAAGCCACAAUGGGCGGUCAAUGGAUGCAAUAGCUGAAAGUCAACUAGUGCUGUCUUUGCCCAAUGGAGGUAAAUCUGCCGAUGGAGAAGCUGAAAACUUUCGGCCUGUUUGCUAUGAGGAACCCCAACACUGGUGCUCAGUUGCCUACUAUGAACUCAACAACCGGGUAGGGGAGACUUUCCAGGCUUCCUCUCGAAGUAUCCUUAUAGAUGGAUUUACAGAUCCUUCAAAUAACAAAAACAGGUUCUGCCUAGGACUGCUCUCAAAUGUAAACCGUAACUCUACUAUAGAAAACACCAGGAGACACAUAGGAAAAGGUGUUCAUCUUUACUACGUCGGUGGGGAAGUUUAUGCUGAAUGUGUGAGUGACAGCAGUAUCUUUGUGCAAAGCCGCAACUGUAACUACCAGCACGGUUUCCACCCAGCCACUGUCUGCAAGAUCCCCAGUGGCUGCAGCCUCAAGAUCUUCAACAACCAGCUCUUCGCCCAGCUGCUUGCCCAGUCGGUCAAUCAUGGUUUUGAAGUGGUGUAUGAGCUGACCAAGAUGUGUACUAUCCGAAUGAGCUUUGUUAAAGGCUGGGGAGCAGAGUAUCAUCGCCAAGAUGUUACAAGCACGCCCUGCUGGAUUGAGAUUCACCUGCAUGGACCAUUGCAAUGGCUGGAUAAGGUGCUGACACAGAUGGGCUCACCUCAUAAUCCCAUCUCCUCAGUUUCUUAAGAAUCAUCUCU